GGAGAGGUAACCUGGCAACAUCACAUGGAGCAGAAAGCGUGCUUAGACUCUGACAGUAUUCAGUGAAGGAAUGAGAUGGUUUGUGCAACACACUGGCCAGCAAGAGAGAGAUAGCAGAAUUGGGUGACAAGCAUAUCUCACUAAAAUGAGUUUGCUCGGUGGUGCAAUCAUCCUGUUUAUAACCUCAGAUGCCACGAAAUUCAGGUGACAGGUCAUUUCUUUUCAGCUCUCAGCAGAAGUGAGUGAAAUGUGCUGUCUGGGAUAAAAGCAUCUGGUGGACUGGCACAUAUUAUCAGUGAAUACUUAUAAAUGAACCUGGUUGGUGACAUUAUAUCUGCGUGUGCACAGUGUGUGAAGAGGACAGAGUAUUAACUAGGAUGUCAACGGAGUCAGAAAUUCAACAGGUUGUCAGAGCCAGCACAAGAAAGGAGUCCAAAAAGAAAGGUCAGGAUCGGAGUGAAGCUGGUCUGAUAAAACGGUUUAAAGGAGAUGGAUUCCGGUACAGGGCAAAACUAAUUGGUGUGGAUGAGGUUUCAGCUGCAAGGGGAGAUAAACUCUGCCAGGACUCAAUGAUGAAAUUAAAGGGAAUUGCAGCUGCAGCACGGUCAAAAGGGGAACAUAAACAGAGAAUCUUUCUGACCAUUUCAUUUGGAGGCAUAAAAAUCUUUGAUGAAAAGACAGGAGCUAUGCAGCAUCACCAUGCAGUUCACGAAGUAUCAUACAUUGCCAAGGACAUCACUGAUCACCGCGCCUUUGGUUAUAUUUGUGGCAAAGAAGGGAAUCACCGCUUCGUGGCAAUAAAGACAUCCCAAGCAGCUGAACCUGUAAUUCUUGACCUACGAGAUCUCUUUCAACUCAUCUAUGAACUGAAACUUCGAGAGGAGAAGGAGAAAAUGGCACAAAAGGACAAACAAUGUGAGCAAGCAGUCUAUCAGACAAUUUUGGAGGAAGAUGUGGAAGAUCCUGUCUAUCAGUACAUUGUAUUUGAGGCUGGACAUGAACCAAUCCGUGAAACAGAGGAGAGCAUUUAUCAGGUACCAACAAGUCAGCAGAAGGAGGGUGUCUAUGAUGUGCCAAAAAGCCAACCAACAAUUCAUCAGUUAGACCUCUUUGGUGAUAUGUCUACACCCCCUGACAUUACAUCACUUGGGACACCAGCAUCACCUGCAAAUGUCCUUGGGCCAGAUACAUUUGCCCCUGGAGUUCUAAGUGCUCAACCAACAGGAAGACCUGACUUGUUUGGAUCUGUUCCUUUCAACACUGCUGGUGUGCCCACAGGAUAUGUCACAAUGGGAGCAGUGCCACCUGCAGUCUGGGCGCAACAAUCAAGUGCUCAAAAUAUCAUCAAUCCUUUGUUAGCUGGUGUCCAGUCAACAGCAUGGGGCCAACCUACCUUAUUUGCUGUUCAGCAGCAGUGGGCUCCUGUUGGAAGCCCAUUCCAGCCCACUGUAUUCAUGUCAGCACAAACUCCUAUGCCACUACAAACUGCCAUGUUCAAAGCAGCCUUAUCUGCUGGUCAACCAACAAUUGCCAGUCAUCAAGAAGAGAAGCCAAAACAGAAAAUGGGGAAGGAGAUGUUUAAAGAAUUCCAGAUGGUCAAACCCCCAGUAGUGUCAUCGAGAAGAAACGAGCAGCCAUCACUCUCGUGCACCUCAGAGGCCUUCACAAGCUAUUUUAACAAAGUCGGGGUGGCACAGGAGAUAGACGAUGCUGAUGACUUUGAUAUCUCUCAGUUAAAUUUAACUCCAGCAACCUCCAAUUCCACACCAUCAUCAACCAAUUCACCUCCAACUUCAUCUCCACAUCAGCACACACCUGAGGCAUCUCGUCAGCACACACCUGAAGCAUCUCCUCCUCAGAGCACGCCAGCUGCUUCACCCCUUCAGACUUCUCCCACUACAUCUUGUCACCAGAAUAUUCCAUCCAGGUCACCAGCUGAGAAUCCCAGUGAGCCUACUCCUGCUGGCCAAUUGGGGGAUGAGUUGGACAACCAAACCACCAGCAAGUUGCAAGUAACUCUUGUUAGUUCUGAGACACCUGCAAACAACGAUGUAGUUGGUGAAUGUCUUGAUGAUGAUUCUUUAACCCCACAGGCAGAAGAGCCUCUCUAUGCCCAGAUAAAGAAGAUCAAGAAACUGUCAGUUGCAGUACAUGCUGUUUGGAAUAUGGUGAAAACAUACAAGACCAUGCUUCGAUCAAUGAAUUUCAUUCUGUUUUUUGCUGCACUAUGCAUUGUACAGACAAUUGGUUAUGGCAAAGAAACACCCUUGGAACUAAAUGAUCAAUCAAAUGUGUUAAAUAUAACCAAAGUAGGAAGUCAGUUGAAAAGAUCAUUGACGAAUCCAUCACAGCCAAUUGAUUGCAUUAUUUCUUCCUGGUCCUCUUGGAGCACUUGCGAUCCUUGCCAGAGCAAACAUUAUAGGUAUGCAAGUCUUGAAGUACCAUCUCAGUUUGGUGGCGCACCAUGUGACUCUUUUGACAGACAAGAGAAACCCUGCGCAGGUGUCUGCAGAACAAGGAACUUAUGUGAGGGUUUUGUGUGUGCUGAGACAGGUCGAUGCAUUCCUCGCAGAGUCCUUUGUAAUGAAGAUAAUGAUUGUGGAGAUCAUUCUGAUGAGAAAGUUUGCAAUAGAGUUAGUAGUGCAUGUUCCAGAGAAGCCGAACAGUAUUGGGCUGUACAUCAUAUUGGAAGUGGAUACAAUAUUUUAACUGACACUCUAGAGGGAACUGUUUUAGACAACAGAUAUUAUGCAGGAAGUUGUGCACCAUAUUAUGUGAAUAACAUAAGAUUCAGAAAACCACACAAUUUGGAAUUCUACAGCCCUGAGACUGAAGGAAAAUUUGAACUGUCAUUGAGUGAGCAUGAAUCAUUUUCAAAUUUUUCAUACAGUAGAUUUGAAUCUAAGAAUCAGAAGUUUGGUUUUAGUUUUGGAAUUAGCUACCCAAAUGUUUUUGAAAUUGGACUCAGUUACAAUAGUAACAAUUUCAAGAAAAUGAUGCGAAAUCUCCUCAAGAACUCUUCAUCAAAAAGAAAAAUGUUCCAUUCACAGUUCUCACUCCAAGUAGCUCGGUUUAAGGUCAAACCCAGGGGACUCAUGCUCCAUUAUGACUUUUUCCAAAGAGUUAAACAGCUGCCAAGUGUGUACAGUUAUGGAGAAUACAGGGAAAUCUUUAAGGACUACGGAACCCAUUAUAUGAGUGAGGGUACACUUGGUGGAACCUAUGAAUAUAUCUGGGCACUUAAUGUCGAACAAAUGCAGAAAGACGGUUACACAUUAACUGAUGCUAAAGACUGUGCAAAGGCAGGAUUUAAUAUAGGGGCAAACAUUAAAGGAGUCUAUGUUGCUGCUGAUGUCAAAGCUGGAGCUUGCAGUGGGCUUCUGAACGUUAAUGGAGAGGGUAUUUCCAGAUCACAAUACACUGAAGAUUUCAUAGUAUUCGUGAGAGGUGGAGCAAGUGAGCAUGUGGCUGCUCUUGCUCACAAACAGCUUCCAACUGUAGAGCUGAUACAGGAAUGGGGAGAUGCAGUCGAGUAUAAUCCAGAAAUCAUUAAAUUUAAGCCAGAACCUCUUUAUCAACUAAUCACUUCAGAUACAUUUCAGAGUGCCAGCAGGAUCAAAGCCAACAUGAGGCGAGCCCUAGAAGAGUAUCUGAUGGAAUCCAGUUCCUGUCGAUGUGCUCCAUGUCAAAACAAUGGCGUUGCUGUUCUUAAAGGCACCCAGUGCUCAUGCAUAUGUCCUGCUGGAGCUCUUGGAACUGCCUGUGAAAUUACAUCCAGAGAGAAUUUUUCAGUUGAUGGGAAAUGGAGCUGUUGGUCACCUUGGUCUGAAUGCAGAAACAGGCAAAGAAUAAGAACUCGACAGUGCAAUAAUCCACCACCAGACAAUAGUGGCCAAACAUGCAGAGGUGAUAAUCAGGACACAUUGUUAUGCUAAUGACAAAACAUUGGUUUAGUUUUACCUUCUUCACAACUUCAGAUUCUGGCUUCAUAAGUAUUUGAAUGAAAUAUAAAAACUGGUUUCAGUGGAAGAAGAUGUGAUUGCAUGUUUACAUGUAAUUAAGAAACAUGGUUAAACAAUGAUUAGUACAAAGAAGUUGAGGUAGCAAACAUUACACUUAAAUAAAGUCAAUUUAUCUUUAAAACUGAACAA